UGCGGUGGCUUCGGCUCGUUGUUUGAUUGCUCUUCACUCGCUCACAGUGAAUUAGAGAUCAUCUCAUCGAGUAAGUUUUGUCGGCAGUGAGGAGUCGCGUGGCGUCCGCUACACACACGGGUAUCUCGACUUCACAAACACCUUCCCCGGUCAUUUAGGACUAAUAAGGACAAAGGGACGGAGGAGUUUCACCGUGGGAAUGACGGAGCCGUGGACAAACGCUUGGCACUAAUCUCGGCCAAUGACUGACAUUAAACAAGGGAGACACAUUUUAUAACAGGCUGGCGUUGAGAGCAGCCUGAGGACUGAGGCGUGGGUCUCGGAAGGAUUCAGCUCUGAAUGCUUGCAUAUCUCAGGGUUUAUUGUGUGCGUGUAGUUUUAAUGUAUCCAAACAAUAGGCAGUUUGGAGAGGGGAAGUAGGAGCUUGUAAUACACGCUUCCCUUGCGUUUGCCAACUGAAGUCCUGUUUUAUAUAGCUGGACACUUCUGAGCCGUUUUAGUGCUUGACAUUUUUAGCUCUUUGCCGAUCCAUGUUGAUUAAUUAAACCCCUCGUUUUACUUAACAAUCAGGUUUCGGUUUCUCUCCAGGGACUGCAGGCGCUCUAAACAACUGGACGUUUUUAGCUUCAUAUCACUAUGGAUGAAGGACGAUAAAUGUGCAUUUUUCAGGGGAGAGCAGCUUUAUGUGUGACUUUUUAAUCUAAUGAUUUAGUUUAAACCCUGACAGAAGUUUUCAACUUCCUGCUUUAGUUUCGCUGGACUCCGGAGUGUUAUUGUCAUAAAGAUUAUGGCAGCCGUUGUGAAUUACUCUCCUCCGUGGUGGGUUAAUUUUCUCCACAGACUGCCUCACUUUAAUCUGCAGUUUGAACAAACCAGCAGUGAUUUUCGCCCAGAGGACUCCUCGUACCAGCAGUCCAUCCUGCUGCUGGGCAGUGUUGCUCUGGCAUGCUUGGCCUUGGACCUCCUCUUCCUCCUCAUUUACUCCUGCUGGCUGUGCUGCCGCCGUAAGAAGAGCGACGAGCAGCCAAACGCAGACUGCUGCUGCACUGCCUGGUGCGUCAUCAUCGCCACCCUCAUCUGCAGUGCCGGCAUUGCUGUUGGUUUCUACGGCAAUGGUGAGACCUGUGACGGUGUGAAUCGGCUUACCUACUCCCUCCGCCAUGCCAACCGUACCGUGUCAGGAGUGCACAGACUGGUGACAGAAAGUACAUCAGCUCAGAGCCAGACUGUGGACGAGAACCUUCGACUGCUAAAGGAACAGUAUGCAAAGCACACAGACUACCUGUCCAUCAUACAGAAACUCCAGGAUCAGCGGCGCGAGCUGGUUCGUCAGAUGGCUGGCAUUCCCUUUUGGAGGAAUCUCAGCAUCUCCCUGGAGGAUCUGGCAACCCAGCUUGAACUGUAUGACUGGUACAGGUGGCUGGGCUACCUGGGUCUGCUGCUGUUUGAUGUGCUCAUUUGCCUGCUGGUGCUCUUCGGCCUCAUCCGCAACUCUAAAGGAACUCUGAUUGGGGUAUGUUUUCUGGGUGUGUUGGCGCUGGUAAUCAGCUGGGGCUCACUGGGUCUGGAACUGACUGUCUCCUCGGGCUUCGGUGACUUCUGUGCGGCACCUGACAUGUACAUAACCAAGGUGUCAGAGCAGUACAUGCUUAUCAAGAAAGAUAUCCUGCAGUAUUACCUCACAUGUAACAUAGGUCAGGUCAACCCCUUCCAACAGAAGCUGUCAGGAAGUCACAAAGCACUGGUGGAAAUGCAGGACGAUGUGUCAGAACUACUGCGCUCUGCAGUCCGUGAUUACCCCAGAACGAAGGGAAACCUUGAGCAAAUUCAGGGGGGCUUGAACACCACUGAAGUUGGACUGCACCAGCUCACUGCUCUUGUGGACUGCCGCAGUUUGCACAUGGAUUAUGUGCAGGCAUUGACCGGAGUGUGUUAUGAUGGACUAGAGGGUCUGAUCUACCUGGUGCUGUUCUCGUUCAUCACAGCUCUCAUGUUCACCUCUGUCGUGUGCAGUGUGCCACACACAUGGCAUGGCAAAAGGCCUGAUGAGGACAGUGAGGAGGAGUCCAUGGCUCAUGGAGGAAGACAGAAUCAUGAUAACCUGUACCGGGUGCACAUGCCCAGUCUCUACAGCUGCGGCAGCAGCUACGGCAGUGAGACCAGCAUCCCUGCUGGAGCGCACACUGUCAGCAACGCUCCUGUUACUGAGUACAUGACCCAGAAUGCAAAUCUCCAGAACCCUCGCUGUGAGAACACACCUCUGAUCGGGAGAGAAUCUCCUCCUCCAUCUUACACAUCCAGCAUGAGGGCCAAGUACCUGGCCAACACCCGGACCGACCCCAACAGCAGUUCCUCAGCAAACUAGAGGAAAACUGUCUCUUUUCCCUUCAGUCUAAAGCUCUUACUCAUCCACAUGUUGUUCCCCCAGCCCAGACCAGUUUCACCCCAGGCCCACCCAUCCAGCCAUGUUGAUCUUAGAUGCGUGCUCUCCAUCCCAGCUGAUAAAGGACGCCCUUGCAUCAUGUAAAUACUGCUGUCAGAGGAAUGUUCCAGAGGCCGCUUGCGCUGUUUCCAGAUGGUUGGUUCAGUUCAGGCAGCUAGUAGGGAUACUCUCAGCCCUGGCUGC